CUCUCUCUUUUAUGCCUUUUAUGCCUACCCUUUAAAUUCCUCUCUCUCUCUCAUAUCCUUUUUUUUUCUCUUUCUCUGUUUUUAAUUUAAUUUCCCUCAAUUGUCUUAUUCUCUUCUUGGUUAUGAAGUUACUCGCUCUUUGCUUCAUCGCACUCCUUUCUCUGCUCGAAUUCUUCCAUCGUUCUCCACUUACAUGGAAUGCCCGUUCGUCAGGUCCUCUUCCUCACGCACCUGUUUCUGGUGCUGAAUUGUGUUCAAUGCAUGCGGUGAAUUGUUUUGCUAAUUUGUUGAAGAUUGCAGCUAUAAGAAAGGUUUAGAGGGAGGACUUGUUUUCUUCUUCAUGGGGAAUGGUGACGAUGGACGCUGCAUUUUCCCCCUCACCAGUUUGCAAAUUGGAGACUUGCAAUCUUAUUUUGCAGAUCUUAGUCUUUUCCUUGCCAAUGAAAGUAAAAAAAUGUAUAUUUUGGUGGACAACAGACCAUGGUUGAGUGACCUUGGUUUACGGGGUGCGCACAUUUGGCAAUUGAUGGUUACCAAGUCAAGGUUAUCUCCUUUUGCAUACACCAAAGCCCGAAGAGGGAGAAAGGAAGAAAAGGAUGUUUAUUCACAAUCAAGUAAUUCAAAGAAAUUUACGAGAUGUUUCUCAUUCGUUGAAGCAGUGAUGACAAGGAAGAAAGCUUUACUACCUGUGAAAAACCUAAGGGAGACUCUGCAAUUUAGCAGUGAACUGCAAAGAACUUUGUAUGGUUUUAUUAUAUUUGAAGUUGAAUGGGAAAGUGUUCGUGGUAUCAACUACCUUAAUGAACUUCAGACUGAUACAUCACUGGCUAUAGAAGCAAAACGCAUGAAAAGAUGGGAAUUUGACAGUAUAGCUCAAGCCCGAAGCUGUAUGACUACUUGGUUCUCGGGAACACUACCUGAACUUCUGCUUUUGAAAAUACACCUGGAUUCUGCCUCAGGGGAGAUAUUUUACGAUGCAAGUGAAGAUUUUUCUGGAACAAUAUCUAUUGAUGAUGAUGAGAACAUCUGCAACGAUGGUUUGUUAACUGUCGAGGAUGGUUGGGACACCACUAUUGGAUUAUAUUCUGAUGAUGCUGUAGAAACACCAGGCAUGCUACUCACACCUCCUUCUUCUGGACCCAAUAAGCGAAGAAAACUAGUGAAUUCCCGUUGUGUUUCUGGUUAUAACUCAGUGAAUUUUUCCCGGAGCUCAAGCUUUGAUGCUGUUGAGACUAUUGAAACCACUCAGUAUAGUGAUGUUCUACUAUUAUUUAGGUUUAAUGAUCAUGACCUUCCAUUUAAAUUAAGGGAAGUUAUAAUAUCUGACCUGCGAUUGCUUACUUUGCUAGAGGCAGGCCUUCCAUCUUGGGUCAUCUUCCUUCAGUCUUACCCAGUAUUAUGCAAUCUUUAUCGUCCAUGGAUGUGCCCACUUGCCAGACUUUUAUAUGUUUUAAUCUCAUUAGUAACUGUUCUCAUUGGAUUCUAUGAUUUAUACAAAAAUGUUCCUGUUCUGAAGGCAACUGCUGCUCGUAUAUGUGGACCUCUUUUUGAUUGGGUUGAAAGUUGGGAAAUGGUUUCAAGGGUCAGAUAUUUAGGGACAAUGCUGUUUCUACAUAACUUGCAGAAGGCUACUAGGUGGUUGCUUGCCUUUACACAUACCACAAGAUCCUUUUUUUCUGUUCUUGUUCAACCUCUUUCAGAGGCCCUGUUCGAGAUAUUUGGAUUUCUUCUCCCAAGUUUGAAGUUGUUGUUUGAAUUAGUAGAAAGUAUAUUUUCUGUCCUGUGGCUUGGAAUUGGGACUUUUUACACUCUAGUGGGAGAUAUACUGGAGCUAUUCUUUGUACCAAUAUGGCUUCUGGUUACUUUUAUUUGGAGAAUUGGAACAUGUGUCAUAUAUCCUGUAUUUUUUAUUCUCUGGGAAAUACUGUAUGCACCUGUACGUCUGGUCCUUGCAAUAUCAAGUGUGCUGACUUUUGUAUGUACGUGCAUUUUUGAUGUACUUGGGGAUGCAUGGCAGAUUAUUAGUAGCAUUCUUGAGUUAGCAUCAUCUUCGGAAGCAACUGUUACCACCUAUGAGGUUUCCAUUUGGCGCUCUCUUUGGAAUGACCUUUUUUCCCAGAUUUUCCGUGCUCUCAAGAGUAUUCUAUAUGGGUUUGUUGCUUUUUUCACAGCCUGCAACAGGCAUCGACUAAGCAUCUACAAUCAUCUACAGGAGUUUAUCAAAAGAUUAUACCGGGGAUGCCAAAGAUCACAGCAAUCUGAUUUGAGAGGCAGUAGUACAAAUUCAAUGACACUUCUAUUUGAAGAAGAAGAAAAGAAGUUGGUUUGAGUAGAUAACGCCUUUUCAAAGACUACUAUAAAUUGCAAAACAAGUUUCAUACAGUCCUCACAUAUCGACCUCAAGUACUGGAACACCAGAAUGCCGCAUUCUGUAUCAUUGCAUUUUCAGUGAACUUGCCACGAGUAUAGGAAUUUAGAUAUUCUUUGUUUGUAACAAAUUUUGUUUUCACCUUUUCUCCUUUUGAUCCGUAUUUCUUUUUGUAACACUAUGUUCAGGUAUAUAGUAUGUAUAUAUGUGUAUAGAAAUCUUGUAAAUUGAGUUGAAAUCCGUAAUUUCGGUAUUUGUAAAUUCACUAAUUCAGAGA